UUUCAAUGGGUGCGGCCACCCACCUUGGCCAAAGGGUGGGUCCGCCCCAGAGUGGCUCCCUAUUACCUAUUGGUUCCUUUAUAAAUCCCACUUUUGCCCUCACUUUCUAAUAACCACACACACCAUGGCCAUUACUGACUGUGGCGGCACUAGGGCGACAUUAUUGAUGUGCGUUUUCGCAUUUAUCAUUAGUGUCUGUAAAGCUCAUGCUGCUGCACCCGCGGUUUACGUGUUGGGUGACUCGUUGGUAGACGUUGGAAACAAUAACUACCUGCCGCUUUCAAUCGCCAAGGCUAAUUUCCCUCACAAUGGCGUCGAUUUUCCCAACCACAAACCCACCGGAAGAUUCUCUAAUGGGGAGAAUGCUGCUGACUUUCUUGCGAAAAAGAUUGGUUUACCAACAUCGCCAGCGUAUUUAUCGUUAAUUGGCGCGACACCACCCAUCACCGGAGUCAGCUUUGCAUCCGGAGGCGCUGGUAUACUUAAUGAAACCGGUGGAUUUCUCUUUAAACAAGCAAUUUCUUUAGCACAACAAGUGGACUACUUUACUGUGGUCCAUGACAAACUGGUCCAUCAACUGGGACCAUCUGGUGCACAGGCUCACCUAUCAAAAUCCUUACUCCUAAUCGUUUUUGGAAGCAACGAUUGGUUUGCAUAUUUUCGUGUCGGUUCUAUUGUCGCUAAACAAUACACCCCACAACAAUAUGUUGAUCGUAUGGUGUCCACCUUCAAAGUGUUACUCAAGACGUUGUAUGGAUUAGGUGCGCGAAAAUUAGUGGUGACUGGAGUUGGGGCGAUUGGUUGUUGCCCGAUUCAAAGAAAGGAAAACCGAACCGGUGAAUGCAAAGUUGAAAUAAAUUAUUGGUCGACUAAGUAUAAUGAUGGUCUAAAGAUGAUGUUACAAGGAUUGAAGUCGGAAUCACCGGGCAUGAAUUAUGCUUACUUUGAUACUUACGGUGCUAUGAUCAACCUCUUCCAAAACCAUGAGACUUAUGGGUAUACGGAGAUAAAGGAAGCUUGUUGUGGGGUUGGAAACCUAAAUGCUGAUGCACCAUGCACCCCACUAGCAAUCUAUUGUCCAAACAGAAAAAACCAUAUUUUUUGGGAUCUUUACCAUCCGACAGAAUCAGUUGCUAGCUUAUUCUCGGACCUCAUAUAUAGUGGAUCGCAACAGUUCAUGGUUCCCAUAAAUGUGGAGCAGCUUCUUGCAGUUUAAAUCUAGACCAGAGUGUUGGAGAAAGCAAAUGAUUAGAAAUCAUAUUAAUGCUUCUUUAUUUUAUUUUUAAAUUUACCAUGAAUUGUUGGUGAGAAGUUCGAAUAUACCAAAUAGUUAUGUUACCUUUUUAA